CAGGGGCACGCAUCUUUCGCCUAUAUACAAACCCCUAAACCCGUCUUCUCAUUUUCCUUCUUGCUGCUCUGUUUUGUGUUUACUCUCAGGUCGGUUUGACACUGGGAGAGCGCUAAAACCCUGAAACGAUGUCGUUUUCGCGUCCUCCUGGGUGUCGAUUUUACCCCUCCGACGAACAACUUCUCUGUUUCUACCUCACCAACAAGAAUAACACAAAUAGAGACGCCGACGACGUCAAUAGUAAUACGAACGGAUACGAUUUGAUAAAAGAGCUGGAUUUGUACGACUACGAGCCGUUUGAUUUACCGGAUAAUUCGUGCUAUGCAUAUGGUUGCGGGGGGAGAAAAAGACACUGGUAUUGUUAUGCGAAGCUUAGGGUUUUGAACGAGAGCAGAGGAGGGAGGAGCAGGAGGGCCAAGGGUGGGUAUUGGAGGAAGAGCGGUAGGGUUAGGGAUGUGGCGGGUCCUGGUGGGAAGGCCGUGAUAGGGAGGAGGACUAGAUUCGUUUUUUAUUUGGGGAAUUCAGUGAAAAGUGCAAUUAGGACGGAUUGGAUCCUGUAUGAGUACGCCUUAAUAGACCGGGGAAAGGCAUCUUAUGUCCUUUGCCGAGUAUUUGUCAAGUCUCGUGGUGGAAAUAGCACUUCAGAGAAUAUGUUAAGUUCCUGUGCGGAAGAAUGUGUUUCUGCUGUACGUCAUGUUGGCAUUCAGCAUGAUGGAUUUCUGACACCUGACAUUGUUGAAGCUAAAGUGCUUAAUCACACCAUCGUUGAUAGGAAUAAUAUGUCUAGAUGUUCUUUUAGACCGAAUGCUGAGUUUGAUGAUGAAGCCAACGCUGGACGUGUUUCUGUUGCCAGUUCUCAAUUUCCUUCAGGCAACAAUUCCAAUAUUGAAUCUAAUAAGCUAGUUAUGACACCUAGACUUCCUGGUGGUGAUAUGUUUCUAGAAGCUGAAACUGCUGAUCAAUUAGUAUCCAUUCUAAAGGGAGAUUUCAUAGAGCUGGAUGAUCUUGUGGAUUGAUCAUCCAAACAAGGUGGAAAUGAUAAUUUAUGAAAGAUAUAUGUCAUUAACCCUAAUGCGGUUCACUAUUUACUGAAACAAUUGAUUUGUGGACUUUAGAAGUAAUAGGAGCUUUUGAUGCCCAGCUAGAAGCUUAGAUUUUAGAAGGAGCAGAAUGAAUUUUAAUGUGCAGCUAAAAAUAGAAAAGGGCCUGAAAUCCAGUUUUGAACGAGAGAUUUAUAUUUUGAGGAACCUUAUGUAAAACAUUGUGCAAAGGAACAGAAGAUAUUAGUGUUGUGUGGAACGUUCAGCAGUUUAAUGAAGGACUCAUACUGUUAGUUAUGAUGUUUAGGGAGAUUUCAUAGCAGAAUUGCUUCGUCACUUGAGAUUUCUCUUGUGCCCAUAACGGGCAUUUUUCCUCCAGCGGUAUUUGAACAAUAUUGGUAUAUCAGAUGGUAAAUUCAGAUUUAAGAAAAUCUCUGAGUACAGCUGUUUCAUCUGGCCUCAGCAUCUCACUGUUGUAACAUUGAUGGUGGGGGGUUCUUGUCUUUUCAUAUAAUGGGAAAAUUAUAUUUUCCCAUUGUUUCUCUAGUGCCUUCGUUUAACAGAGCAUCUUGUUCUUUAGUCAUCUGUUCUCACUUUCUGAAGUUGCAGGGAUAGAUGUCUUAAUUUGUUCCUCCUUACCUUGUCAGCAACUUUGCUUAGCUUGGGAGGACUAUCAUUGUUUAGCCUGCCAUCAACUGUAUUCUAUUUCUCAGUGUCUUACAGCAGACUUAGAUAACAUUAUCACAGAGUAAGCAGGGUAAACAAAUUCUUCUGCAAUUGUGUUUAUACUGCUUUCUUAUUUGUUGCAGAAUCUUGUCAAAAUGCUUAUAAAACCAGAAGUGAUGAUGGUAAAUGAGUAAUUCCAUGGACCUAAGUAUGUUACUUUAUUCUGUUAUUUUCAGCAGAUCUUACUCAUAAUAUAUAGCUCAUCGGCAAGUAUUUAGGAUGUUUAGCCUUUUAA